CUGUUUGGCAACUUCAGAGUGCUGAUUUUUCCUUUUCUGUUGGGCAACUUCAGAGUCGUAUGUCUGCAGAUCUUUCUGGCAAGUUCACAAAGGUUGACCCAUGGGGUGGCCUGGGAGGUUAUGAUAGCAAUGUUGCCGGCUCAAGUGCUAUCACUGCUACAGAUCUUCCUCCGUGGGAUGGCCUAACGAUGCUCGCUCCAUAUUAUUACAAUCAGUUUGGUGUGGCAACUGGAGAGGAGCUCAAUAAAUACUAUAGUAAUAGCAAUCCACUGAUGGAAAGUGGUAGCAGCUUUAACUCUGGUGCGAAUAAUUACAUGGACAUUCCACCUGGUGUGGAAGCAGUUUUACCACAGGGGACUUCUGCUGAGAUGCCACAUCAGCUCAGUCAAGCUGAGAUCAUCUAUAGUGAAGUUCAUGAGAAAUACAAGACAUUUAAACAAUUUGAUACAGUUAAUGACCAUGGUGAUCAUUUGUACUCAUUAAAUUCUCGUCCUGGGAAGAAGCCAACGAAGUCCUGGCUGAAGCAGAUUCAGCAUGAAUGGAAAGUCCUAGAGAAUGAUUUGCCAGACACAAUAUAUGUAAGAGUUUACGAGGAUAGAAUGGACCUGCUUAGAGCUGUCAUCGUUGGACCAGCAGGCACUCCUUACCAUGAUGGGCUUUUCUUCUUUGAUGUCCAAUUCCCUUAUGAAUAUCCAGAUAUACCUCCGCAAGUGACAUACCGCUCUAGAGGACUGCAAAUUAACCCAAAUCUCUAUGCAUGUGGAAGAGUAUGUCUUAGUCUCUUAGACACCUGGGUUGGUACUGGAUGUGAGAAGUGGAACCCAGAUAAUUCAACCAUGCUGCAAGUCUUGGUCUCCAUUCAGGCCUUGGUGUUGAAUGCCAAACCAUUUUUCAAUGAAGCUGGGCAUGCUAUGUCUGCUAACAGUCCUCUUGGGGAGAAGCUAUCUAUGACGUAUAAUGAAAAGACUUUUCUGCUAUCCUGCAGAACAAUGCAGUACUCUCUUCGGAAUCCACCAAAGAAUUUUGAAGACUUCGUCAUUGGCCAUUUCCGCAAUCAUGGGCGCAAAAUCCUGAAAGGGUGCAAGUCCUACAUGGCCGGUGCCCAAGUCGGUUGCCUUGUCGGAGAUGGCGAGCGGGACGUCAACGAUGGUGGCGCGAGCUGCUCCGCCAGCUUCAAGGCCCCGCUGAAACUGCUACUCUCGGAUCUGCUGAAGGACUUCGCCAAGAUAGGCGUCGACUGCGCAGAGUUCCAGGAUCCUGGACCUGGACCUGGAGCCGCCAAAGCGACAGCAGAAACCCCAUCGAGCCUGAAGCCAUGAGAGCGAGGUUGGCAGAUUUUGCUUCGCGACAGGAGAAUCGACAGACUUUUGCUUCUGGGGAGGCGGCGUAGUUGUUGGGUUUCUAUCCCCAGAACCAUGCGCGAUCACCUGACCCAUCCGUUUAAUUUGGCCUGCAAGUUCACCCCAUUUCUUCCAGUACUUUCGAAGUUCUAGAGACAAGCUGCGCCUGUAGCGUCUUUCCGUUCCAUCUAUAAACAGCAAUUUCGACAUUCGUUUGGUCGGGUGUUUACUGCCGCUGCGCGCUGCGUUUGCGUUUUGGUGUGUGCCGGCCGGUUUUUUAUGUGCGCGUUGCUC